GACCAGUGGCAAGCUGAGAGACAAUAGCAAAGGGUUUAUGAGGCCCACUAUGGGUAAAGUGCCUUCCUGUCCCAGACAGGAGACUACCCAGACAAGAGACUCAGCAAAACCUUUGUCUCCCCAGACCAAAUCGGCCUCCUAUUGCCGUAGCGGGGACAAUGGGGAUGGCAAAACCCAGACUAAGUUCACACACCACCCCCCAAACACUGUGCCUUUGCAGGAUAGGUCAUCCCACCACCAGGAUGUGUCACUGGAUCAGACAUGGAGGCUCCAGGACCCGCAUCAGUUUGAGAGCCUGAUGGCAGCAGACAUGGAGGGUCACUCCCAGAGGCUGGGCUUUUGUGCUGCUGUCCAUGGGGCUCCUGGAGCUCAUCAUAACACAGCAACAGAGAGGAUCAGGAAGGUCAACUCUGAGGUGGAGUUUACUGAGGCUGUGAGGAAGCUGACCCAGUCACGGAGCGCGCUCACCCCUCAUCCCAGGAACGGGACUGUUAAUAGUUUUACUACUGGAACAUCAGGGUCCAACGUGGAUCCAGUCCAGAUUGGCAAAGCAAUGACUAAUAGCCCUGUCAUCUCUGUCAGCCACAGCCCUGCUCCAGCCAAACCCUCUGUACCACUCUGCCUUACUAUGAGAGACCAGCCUGUGUCCAUGGAGACCUCCAGUGCCUCUGGCCUCGACAGUAACACCACAACAAACAGUAGUAGCACAACAGCCUCCAUGGCACCUCUACCCCAUGCAGGGAUAACUCCAACACAGUCCUCUACCCAGGCCAGUGCCACAGCUAUUUCUACUGCAGGGAUAACUCCGACCCAGUCCUAUACCCAGAACAGUGCCACAGCUAGUUCUGGUGCUAGUUCCAUCCCAGAGAACACUGAGAUGGGUUCUGAGUCCGCCUCAGAUACUUCUCAGAGUCAGAGGCCUUCUGUCACCUCGGUGACCACCCAGAUAUCAGCCAUACACCUGACCCAGGAGAGGAGUGUCUUGUCUCUACAGGGCGGCUACAGCCCCUCCCGGUCCCCUCCUGGCCUGGGGGAGGAACAACAGGCUGAGUCACCUCAGCUCUCCAGUCCACAGAGUGUUGCCAUGCAGGAGGAUGGAGACAGGGGGGAAGAGGACUAUCCUGAUGAUGAGCUGGAGAAUGACUGCAGUGGUGAUGAUGAUGAUGAUGAUGAAGGGUCUGACUGCUCCUCUAUGAAUGAUGCCUCGUCCACAGCCUCCAUACCCGUCCUGCCAAAUAUCACGGAUGAGGAGCUGAUGAGCCCUGAAUUAGAGGAUGAGGGGGAGCUGAAGCCAGCUCUGGUCCCCAGCAUGUUCCCCCUCAUUCCCCCUACACUGUAUUUCAGUACUGCCAACCAGAGAGUGGAGCCCCUGCCACCAGAACAGAGGAAGCUGCUCAAAUGGAAGAUGAGCACUGUGACUCCCAACAUAGUCAAACACACCAUCGCCAGGUCGCACUUUAAAGUCACCAAGAGAAGUCAUGAUUGGCUUGGCUGCUGGGGUCACCAUAUGAAGUCUCCUGGGUUCAAGGCCAUCAGGGAAUACCAGAAGUUAAACCACUUCCCCGGCUCGUUCCAGAUCGGUCGUAAGGACCGUCUGUGGAGGAACCUGUCUAAGAUGCAGGCUCAGUUUGGUAAGAGGGAAUUCAGCUUCUUCCCUCGCUCCUUCGUUCUUCCUCAGGACAUCAAGCUACUGAGGAAAGCCUGGGAGGACAGUGGUAGCAGGCAGAAAUGGAUCAUCAAGCCGCCUGCGUCUGCUCGGGGUAUUGGCAUCCAGGUUAUUCACAAGUGGAGUCAGAUGCCAUGCAAGAGACCACUCCUGGUUCAGAAGUAUCUGCACAAGCCUUAUCUCAUCAGUGGGAAUAAGUUUGACCUGCGUAUCUAUGUGUACGUGACCUGUUACGACCCGCUCCGCGUCUACAUCUUCCAGGACGGGCUUGUCCGCUUCGCCAGCUGCAAGUACUCGUCGUCUAUGAAAAGCCUUGGCAACAAGUUCAUGCACCUGACCAACUACAGCGUGAACAAGAGGAACUCAGACUAUCAGAACAAUGACAGUGACAAGGUCUGCCAGGGACACAAGUGGGCUCUGAAGGCGCUGUGGCACUACCUGGGUUGUAAGGGAGUCAACACCACGCUGAUCUGGGAGAAGAUCAAGGACAUCGUCAUGAAAACCAUCAUUGCCUCUGACCCGUAUGUCAACACACUGGUCAAGCUUCACCUGCGUUCCCCCUACAGCUGUCACGAGCUGUUUGGCUUUGACAUCAUGCUGGAUGAGAACCUCAAGCCUUGGGUUCUGGAGGUCAACAUCUCACCAAGCCUCCACUCCAGCACCGCUCUGGACGUGGCCAUUAAGGGCCAGAUGAUCAGAGAUGUGUUGAACCUGGCGGGGUUCCUUCUGCCUCAGAGAGAAGAGGUGCUUCCCUCCGCCAGCAGCUCUGCCAGCAGUCUGUGUGGAGGGACACGGGAGAGAUCCAGACCUGAGAUUUCAACUGAUGAGAAAGUCAAGCGGGCCUUCUACCUCAGCCAGCGCUUCGCAGAUCAGGUACAGUCAUGCAGCCGUCUGAAGAGCCAAGGAACUACUGGGAAGUUUCCCAGACAGGAAGUCGACUUCUUCUCCUCCAUCCUGGACGUUCUGACUCCAGAGGACGUACGUGUCCUGGCUGAGACGGAGGACGAGCUGAGCAGGAAGGGAGAGUUUGAACGAGUGUUCCCUUCCCACUGCUCAUCACGAUACCUGCGCUUCUUCAAACAACCACGCUACCUCAACAUCCUGCUCAACCAGUGGGAGACGAAGUACGGACAGAACAGGAGAGAAGGAGUCUGUGUGCUGAGGAGUCUGUGUCAGAGAGGAGUCCAUCUAGGAACCACCGACCCUGCACAUCUAUGGUCCAAGUCGACCUACCUUCCCAAGUCUGAUCACCCCAGGCAGGAGCCAAGCAGAUCGAGUGUGGUGGUGAGUCACAGAACCAGGCCCCAGCCAGACCAGGAGGAGUACUGUUUCUCCCAGGAGGUCACCACCUCCCUCCUGGGCUCCUCCAGCCCCAGCCUGACCACCGAGUCUACAGCCAGCGUGCCACCCAGAGAUGAGGAGUUGGAGGGUUAACCACCUCUCACUGCACCCUGACACAGACUUCAUAAAGAAGGCAGGAACACAAUCCCCCCGUUUGGGCAGGGGACGCCGUAGGUGUGAUGGAGGGUCAACAUCAACACCUCUCUCUCUCUCUCUCUCUCCAUGCAUAUUCCUCUUUUCACUACCAUAGUCUGAACUGGAGAGGGACAAACAGCUGGGUUUUCUGGUGGGGUUUUUUCAUAAUGUGGAGUGUUGGUCCUGGAUAAGGGGGAGGGGCUUCUCUGGACCAGGUGGACAGACAGCAGCUUUGGCCAAUCGACCGAGGAGAAAAUCCAAGGUUGCUCUGCCUACUUAGAGCCCGUCCAAUCAGGUUCCACUCCUAGGUGUGUUUACAUCAAAUAUAAAUGAACAUUUAUUGGUACACAAAUUUUGUUAUUGCAGGUGCAGUGAGAUGCUCGUUUCUAGCAUUUCAGGCUUGUUACUAUGGGAUGGGUAACUGCAUUUCAGGCUUGUUACUAUGGGAUGGGUAACUGCAUUUCAGGCUUGUUACUAUGGGAUGGGUAACUGCAUUUCAGGCUUGUUACUAUGGGAUGGGUAACUGCAUUUCAGGCUUGUUACUAUGGGAUGGGUAACUGCAUUUCAGGCUUGUUACUAUGGGAUGGGUAACUGCAUUUCAGGCUUGUUACUAUGGGAUGGGUAACUGCAUUUCAGGCUUGUUACUAUGGGAUGGGUAACUGCAUUUCAGGCUUGUUACUAUGGGAUGGGUAACUGCAUUUCAGGCUUGUUACUAUGGGAUGGGUAACUCCAUUUCAGGCUUGUUACUAUGGGAUGGGUAACUGCAUUUCAGGCUUGUUAUUAUGGGAUGGGUAACUGCAUUUCAGGCUUGUUAUUAUGGGAUGGGUAACUGCACUGCUUGUUACUAUGGGAUGCUCGUUUCUAGCAUUUCAGGCUUGUUACUAUGGGAUGGGUAACUGCAUUUCAGGCUUGUUACUAUGGGAUGGGUAACUGCAUUUCAGGCUUGUUACUAUGGGAUGCUCGUUUCUAGCAUUUCAGGCUUGUUACUAUGGGAUGCUCGUUUCUAGCAUUUCAGGCUUGUUACUAUGGGAUGGGUAACUGCAUUUCAGGCUUGUUACUAUGGGAUGGGUAACUGCAUUUCAGGCUUGUUACUAUGGGAUGCUCGUUUCUAGCAUUUCAGGCUUGUUACUAUGGGAUGCUCGUUUCUAGCAUUUCAGGCUUGUUACUAUGGGAUGGGUAACUGCAUUUCAGGCUUGUUACUAUGGGAUGGGUAACUGCAUUUCAGGCUUGUUAUUAUGGGAUGGGUAACUGCAUUUCAGGCUUGUUAUUAUGGGAUGGGUAGAUAUAACUGCAUUUCAGGCUUGUUACUAUGGGAUGGGUAACUGCACUGCUUGUUACUAUGGGAUGCUCGUUUCUAGCAUUUCAGGCUUGUUACUAUGGGAUGGGUAACUGCAUUUCAGGCUUGUUACUAUGGGAUGGGUAACUGCAUUUCAGGCUUGUUACUAUGGGAUGCUCGUUUCUAGCAUUUCAGGCUUGUUACUAUGGGAUGCUUGUUUCUAGCAUUUCAGGCUUGUUACUAUGGGAUGGGUAACUGCAUUUCAGGCUUGUUACUAUGGGAUGGGUAACUGCAUUUCAGGCUUGUUACUAUGGGAUGGGUAACUGCAUUUCAGGCUUGUUACUAUGGGAUGGGUAACUGCAUUUCAGGCUUGUUACUAUGGGAUGGGUAACUGCAUUUCAGGCUUGUUACUAUGGGAUGGGUAACUGCAUUUCAGGCUUGUUACUAUGGGAUGCUCGUUUCUAGCAUUUCAGGCUUGUUACUAUGGGAUGCUUGUUUCUAGCAUUUCAGGCUUGUUACUAUGGGAUGGGUAACUGCAUUUCAGGCUUGUUACUAUGGGAUGGGUAACUGCAUUUCAGGCUUGUUACUAUGGGAUGGGUAACUGCAUUUCAGGCUUGUUACUAUGGGAUGGGUAAAUAUAUCUGCAUUUAUUUGGCUGGUCAUUUUACAUAUGCUUCAUAAUUUUUACGAUUUGAAGUUGUAACAAUAAUUGUUCUGAAUAAAUAAUUGAAUGAACAGUUGUUUUAUCAGUCCCAGAUUAGGGAAAUAACUGCUCAGGUUCAUACAUUAAAACUGAUAUUUGAAGAAUUA